GCGUAUUCUGUUAACCGAAGGGACUCCGCGGGCGAGUUUCAGGUCGCUGGUAUAUCGCUGUGUAGCACUGACAACGCGGCUUGUGUAGAGGUGGGGUGGCACACACGAAGCACACACCAGCGAUCGUGUGUGUGCUCAGCUCUUGGUGUCGGUGGACCUCUUACACUCGGCUCACUCCGAGCCGGGCGUCAGUGACUUCGCGUCCGCCGAUCCGAUCGGAUCCUCUCCAAGAGGCGCGUCCUUCCGCGGAGAUCGUAGAAAUCACGCAUUGCUCUCGGAUCGAUUGUUCAAAUUUCAUUUCCAUCAUUCGAUUUCUCGUCGUUUCUCGGAAAUCGGCGCCGAAUGUGUGCGACCACCGCGAUGCAUCGCGACCUCGGCCGACAAGGUGUCUGAGGGAUAUCCCCGCGGGACCUCUCUACCUUCCUCUUACCUCGCGGUAUACGGUAGGUCCUGUUCGGAGGCUACCAGGAUGCAGCUCAGACCCAGUUAUCGAGGCGUCCGAAAGCACCCUGCGGCUCGCAUGCACGGUAUAAAGCAAUAAAAGCGUCCGCGCCACGAGAUAUAUCUCGCGAGGUCCGCGUAAGAAACGGCGAAAGAAAGCCGACUGCACCGGUAAAUCAUAAACGCCACGGGGAUCGAACUGCGGGAGAUAACUGCCUUCGUGUAAGGAGAGAUAGAGUGAAAAAGAGAAAGAGAGAGUAAGAGAGAAGCCAGCGGCUCGGUUAGUCAAGCGGGAUCCAUCAUUCGAUUGCGCGUCCAUUGAAUCCAUCUAUCCAUCUGCCUCGGCAAACGCUAACGAAAACGAAACAGCCCGGAAGAGCAGGCCUCAUCGUCGUUCAUCAUCGGGAACAGGACAUCCGGAAGAUACCUCGUCUCUACAGAGGGACGGAUAUUCAUCGCUCGCCGGUGUAAACCAUCUCUCGCGGAUAUUAUCGAUAGAUCCUGCUAGUUUUCAUAAGAAGAUACGUGUGCAUUUCGUUGGACGGUGUUUCGUGAUUCUCGAUCUCACUACGCGCUGUUGCCUCGAGUAACAGUUUAGUGUCUAGUGAAGCAAAUUUUCAAGUAUUACUUGUCGAGCCCCGGCUGCUAAUCAAUACGCAAUUCGAUAAUAAAAAUCGAUUUUUGCUCAAGAGAUACGUAACUGUAGCCGCGUAUACUUCCUUCAUUUUUCUCUCGCGUUGCAAUUUGCGAAAGAAAUUUAUUGCGUAGUGCAAAAUGUCAAAAAUAAUCCUUGUUGAAAGAAUUGGUGUCACUAUUAUCGUGCCACGAGACGGAAAGUGACAGCUGCCGCGGAGUGACAUAACCGAAGAAGAAAGUGCGUCCACACAAGCAUCCGUUAUUAUUACGUGGUGAUGAGCGGGUCUCGAAAGAGGAGCAAAAAUGCUGUCGAAAGCAAGCGUCGCGCUCGCUCCGCCACCACGAGGAUUAGAUGACGUUACGAGCUUUUCGACAUCACCCUGAAGAGGCUCGAUCAAUCUCGGUCGAAUCGUCGCGUCGUCUUUUAUUACACUCUCGUCGGUGACCAGACUGCACGUGUGUCUCGAUGUUCCUGAGAAUCGUUCGCGAAGUGAAGCUAAUUCAAGAUGUGUGAGAUCAUGUCGUCGAACGGCGAAUUCUCAACGAUGUCCAGCGAGGAGAUGCCUUCACUGCCCAAGUCCCUGCCGAGCUCGAGGGAGGCGACCGCCGAGGGUGGUUCCGGAUCCGGCGGCGGAUACAUGCCGUUACGGGAGUUCCUGGAUCGAUUCUCAUUACCGCGGGUCGUCAGACUCGAGGGCACCGGCGGCAGACCGGUGCUUCUAUACAAGCAGCAGCAACGAUCGCUGAGAGUCACAGCGAGUCUGCUGAUACACCGGUACCGACACGACGUCAAAGUGGGACCGGAGAUCGUCAUUCCGGAAGGUUAUCCAGGAUGGUUUUCUGUGAUAUCUGGCAAUAACACGACGGGCAGUGCACGCGUCUACCGAAGGGUGGAUUCUUUGGUGAAGACAGGAGUGCCGGUGUUUCUGCUCGCGACACCUUUAAGAGCUUACACGCUGACACACUCGAAAAUGGAGAACGGAAAUCUGCGCGCCCAUUAUACCAAGACGACGAUCAGAGCCGGUGAGAUACUGCGGCUCGUUGCGGUCUUCCAGGAUACGAGGAGAUGCAGCUCGGUCUCCUUCGGGAUCUCCGGCGGAUAUCCCGAAAAGGAUCAAUACGCACAAUGCAUCGACCUUCAGGGACGAGAGGUGUUCGCCUCGCUGUCAACGAGGGGCGAGUUUUACGCGAUCUGUCAAAACGGAAGCGUCGAUACCGGAAGUGACGCGGUGCUCUACAAGGUUCACCAUCUCGCCAAGAGGCAAUUGCCUCUCAGAGUACGACUGAUAGCAGGACCACUGCCGGUGCCGUUGCCGAAGGAAUACGGCGGUCUAAUGCAGCUGGAAACGUCGACGCGAGGUCCAAUAGUUUUGGGCUGCGUCGUUCCGGAGAGACCAGUGCAUAAUCCGGAAAUGCUCGAAUUAGUAGUGUCCGGUAACGGUGCACCGAGAGUGCGAAGAGCCAGAUUGGGUUAUCCUUCAGAGGCCAGAUUGCUGGCCUCCCCGAAAAUACAACGAUUACUAUCAGCCUGCAGUCGAGCGGUCGGAGAUCGCGCAACCGAGCCGCGAGUGGCGCCUGUGAAACUGCAACCGCCGACAGCCGAGACCCUGAAGGAGAUGCAUCUGAAGAAGAUCAAGCCGAAGCCGGAGUCUAAACCGAUUCUGCAAAGUCUGAAAAAUGGACUCGAACAUCUGAAGCGGAGUACCGCGAAAGAACGGAACCAACAGACAAAGCAGAGCACCGGAAAUGGCAUUCUCGAGAGAAUCUCGAAACUCGCUCAAAGUAGCAAAAAUCGCAAUCCCGCGAAGAAAUCGGCCUCGUUCACAUUCGCGGUGAGGCCGGAGAUAGCCAUGAGAUCUCAGGAACGUUACUCCAGUUUGGAACCUGAAACUACCUCUCAUCAGACUCGUCAGAAUCAAAACACCAAGCAGCCAGUGCAGAGAUCUGUGUCGACUAGCGUGUUGGAAAUACCACCGACGUCCGUCGAGCUGCAGCCCAAUUAUUCUCGCGUGAGGGACAGUUUGACCCCGUUGCCAUCACCACCGAAGCUGAUCAGGACCAGCAACAAAAACGAGGAGAUCUACGCCGAAAUUUGUGACACCGCGAUGGUAAACCAGGUGCAAAAAUGUCCAGGAAGUCACGUGAUGGCGCGAAUCAGGAUCGUCGUGCAGAGCCAUGAGUCGUCCUUGAAAACGCACAAUAUGAUCGACAACGAGAGAUACGCGAACUCGAUGGUGAUGACUGAGCAGAUAGACUCCAUUAUUAGUACGGAGGACGAAGUGAUAUAUAAUACCGUGUUCUGAGAUUGUCGGAUUGACGUUUAUUGUGUUUAUAUAAUAUUAAUAAUCACGAAAAUGUAAAAGGAAUUCAAUUGUAACUCGAGCCAGCGAUAUGUGAAAUUUUUAAAGUGUAGGCAAACCGGCUGUGUUCAUCGAUCAAUUCUCUAUUCGCUGUUUCGAGAAAUGUAUUAUAUUACAUAAGCAUGUGCAUAUCAAGGAAAUAUGUACGUGUUUGUAGAAAAAUGCAGAAAUCUUCUGUACAUACCCUUUGCCAUACUUUAAUUUACUAACAAUUAAAAAAGAAACAUGUGCAUAUUAAAAAUAUGUUUCUUAGAAUGAUG